UACGGAGUUGGUGGUGUUCGUGUGUGCGAAGCAGGAGUGAGGCGAAAGGGGGACGCGGGCGACUCCUGCGCUUUGGCUUCCUGAGGAUCGAGGAGUUGGAGAGAGGCCGGGUUGAGGCUUCACAGUGGGCCGGGGAAGAAGGCCGGUGAGGAGAAGGCGGCGGGAGAGGCUUGAUCCACCAUGUCUUUAGCAGAUGAGCUAUUGGCUGACCUCGAGGAGGCAGCAGAGGAAGAGGAUGGCAGCUUUGCAGAUGAGGAGGAUGAGCCUCCCAUUGAGGAUGUCCAGGAGGAGAUGCAAGUGGAUCUGGCGACCGAUUCAGUCAAGAGUAUCGCCAAGCUGUGGGACAGCAAGAUGUUUGCCGAAAUCAUGUUGAAGAUUGAGGAAUACAUCAGUAAGCAGCCCAAAGCCUCUGAAGUUCUAGGCCCGGUAGAGGCUGCCCCUGAAUACAGAGUCAUUGUGGAUGCCAACAACCUAACAGUGGAGAUUGAGAAUGAGCUGAACAUUAUUCACAAGUUUAUCCGAGACAAAUACUCCAAACGAUUCCCAGAACUGGAAUCCCUUGUUCCCAAUGCUUUGGAUUACAUCCGGACUGUCAAGGAACUGGGCAACAGCUUGGACAAAUGCAAGAACAAUGAGAACCUUCAACAGAUCCUUACCAAUGCCACCAUCAUGGUGGUCAGCGUCACAGCAUCCACUACCCAGGGGCAGCAGUUAACUGAAGAAGAACUGGAACGCAUUGAGGAGGCCUGUGACAUGGCCCUGGAGCUCAAUCAGUCCAAGCACCGCAUCUACGAGUACGUGGAGUCCCGCAUGUCCUUCAUCGCCCCCAACUUGUCCAUCAUUGUGGGAGCCUCCACUGCCGCCAAGAUCAUGGGUAUUGCUGGGGGCCUCACGAACCUCUCCAAGAUGCCGGCCUGUAACAUCAUGCUUCUGGGUGCCCAGAGGAAGACGCUGUCCGGCUUUUCCAGCACUUCGGUGUUGCCUCACACCGGCUACAUCUACCACAGUGAUAUUGUGCAGUCGUUACCUCCAGAUCUGCGGAGGAAGGCGGCUCGGCUGGUGUCGGCGAAAUGCACACUGGCAGCUCGAGUGGACAGCUUCCAUGAGAGCCCCGAAGGGAAGGUUGGUUACGAUCUCAAGGAGGAGAUUGAGAGGAAAUUUGAUAAGUGGCAGGAGCCGCCUCCUGUCAAACAGGUGAAGCCACUGCCAGCUCCCUUGGAUGGGCAAAGGAAGAAACGUGGAGGGCGCAGGUAUCGUAAGAUGAAAGAGCGCCUUGGCCUUACAGAAAUCCGGAAGCAGGCCAACCGGAUGAGCUUUGGAGAGAUUGAAGAGGAUGCUUACCAGGAAGACCUUGGCUUCAGCUUGGGCCACUUGGGCAAGUCGGGCAGUGGCCGCGUCCGGCAAACGCAAGUCAACGAGGCCACGAAGGCCCGCAUCUCAAAGACGUUGCAGCGCACGCUCCAGAAGCAAAGCAUGGUGUAUGGAGGGAAGUCGACCAUCCGGGACCGUUCCUCGGGCACUGCCUCCAGCGUGGCCUUCACUCCGCUGCAGGGUCUGGAGAUUGUGAACCCACAGGCAGCUGAGAAGAAGGUGGCUGAAGCCAACCAGAAGUACUUCUCCAGCAUGGCUGAGUUCUUAAAGGUGAAGAGCGAGAAGAGUGGCAUCAUGUCCACCUCAUAACAUUCUUCCUCUUGCCACGGACACUCCCAGCUUUUGACUAGUAGCUGGAACCACACAUCAAACGCAGGCAGAGGGGCCUGUACAUUGGACGUAGUCCUUUGUUGGAGUUCCAGAGACUGUCUAACCCUUCAAAAUUCUCAGCUCUAAAUGGGCCUUUCCAAAUAGCUUGGACUUGAAGUGGUAUUUUUUUUCUUCCUUUAACAAUGUCGUCACCAGAGAGCCUAUUAUUCUUUAUGGGGGAGGGAUGUAACUGCAUUAUAGAGAGAAUUGAGUUCUCUUCCCAGGUCUCAUGCAGUAUUCAAAAGCAGGUUAGUUAAGCUGUGAACUAUUUCAUAAUAUGGAGUGACUACGUUGAACUGACUGAUCUAUGCACCAUCAUCACUCUGGAUCAUUCUGUGUACAGUCCCCUUCACCACUGGACAAACAAAAGCAAACUGGAUUUGUGUAAAACUUUGAUGUAAAGAUAAGGAAUGCUUUGCAGUAAGCAUCGUGCCACAGUACCUUGCUGUCUUGGUUUGAGACAGCGGCAGAUGACCUGUGGCCCUCUAUACAUUUUGGCCUACAGCUUCCAUCAGCCCUAGCCACCAUAGCUAAUGGUGGGGGAUCAUGGGAGUUGUAGGCCAGAACAUCUGGAAGACCACAAGUUGCCCAGCCCCGGUUGAGGAAGAGCAGGCAACUUACCUUUCAAAAUCUGGAGUUAAAACAAAAUCCCCUAGUUAGACCUUGUGUACAUUACCUCCCAUGCUGCUGUUUCAAGGUUGCCCUGGCUGUGCUUUACUGUGGGAGCAGCAGUAAAUAGUGCAGCCUCCCCCAACCUCCUGUUUUCCAGGUGUUUUGGACAGCAGUUUCCACCAUGUUAGCUGGGGAUGAUACAGGAGUCACAGUCUUAAUAUACCUGGAGGGCCCCAGGUUAAGGACAGGAGGGCUCUCUCUGCACAGCCAUGGGCAGCGAUGGUUGACACAGCUGGGAUUUGUAGGGUGUGUUUUAACAGCUGAAGCAUGAGACCUAUUUGUCUGAAAUGUAUUUGUAAUCUAUUCAUUUUUUUGGAAGAAAUAUAACUAUUGAAAUCUU